GCGUCGCGGUGAUCGUGCCAUCCCCCGAAACUAUAAUUGUUGUCAACAAAGAAAUUUUGACCUCUCUAACUAGGAUGAAGGUGAAAGUGAUCUUCCCAGGAAAAGUCAAAGUGUGCUUCAGGAAAGGACCAACUGGUUAUCUAAGACAAGAUCCCUCAGAUGAAGCCAAGAGAAUUAAAGACAACCCUGAUCUCCAGGUCAAGUUGGCCCCACAGAGCGAAGACAGCAUUAAGGAAAAUGCUCGCUCUGUUGUGUUCAUGAGAGGGGGAGAUGUGGCUGACAGACAGGAAGUGCUGGGAGAGUAUGUGCUUCAGUUUGGAAAGUACAAGGGCAAGACUUUCAGGUGGCUGCUCGAGAACGAUGUCGGCUAUGUGAUAUACUUGAUGAAGAAGGUUGAGCAGGAGGAGCUAGCUGGGCAAUUUAAACCCGAGGGUCCCAAGAAGGACAGCCUCCUCUCACUUAUUGAAUAUUGUAGAAGCUUCCAGGAAAUAGAGGACCUCCUGAAGUAUCUAGCUGAGAGGCCAGUGGAAGCUCCUGUAAGCAAUGAAGAUGACAACUUAGUAGGAUUUGGGAUUCAUGCUAACAAGUCCUGGAGGGAUGUUUGGGACAGCAGGGCAGAUGGAUACGCUGCAUUCAUCCUCCGGAGGCGGUGUGUACCAGGCAGCAAAAUGUAUCGGCUACAGCAGUACCUGACUCAUAAAGAGAGGCAGGACCAGCACCUUACUCCAUCCAGCCUUGCAGAAUCUGCAUCCAGAUAUCCAGAAAUGGAGGAUGAUGAAGAUUUGGAGAGAAUGAUGCUUUCCAUAUCCCCCUCCAAACUUCAAGGCCAGCUUAAAGUUGUGGAAGAUGAAGAAAUGGAGAGGAGGAUGAUGAUGCCCACAGAUCCAGGCCAUCUGAGUUCAGAAGUUGUCGGAGUCCAGUUGGUCAAAGGGAAGCGCAGACCAACAGCAACUCUCUCUAAACCAGACCAGCUUCAUCAGGGUAGCAUCCCUGCAUCUCCACAGCCUGUUUCCUCUGCUCCAGUGAGGGCUCCACUCGCAGUGCCGCCAGAGUUACUGUCUUUGGACUUAACUACAUCAAAAAUCCACCCAGAGACAGCGUCUGCUCCACCCACAGCUCCACCUGCAGCCUCUGCUGGGUGUCCUUCGGCUCCACUGGAAGAAAAGCCUGCCAUUCCACAACUCCCCACAUACGAGCAGGACGUGAGCCGAUGGAGCUGCUCUCACCAGCAGAGGAUCUGGAUGAAAACAGAGAUGGAGGCUUUGGGACUGUGGCCGGGCUCUCGACCAGUGAGACAUUUAAUGAACAUGAUUUCCUUGUGGCGUUAUCCACCUCAGCCUGAGCUCAUCGAUGCUGUCUGUGAGCUGCCAUCCCCGAAAUACUUUCAUCUCCAUCCAUUUUUCAUUUGGAAACCUGAACACGCUAUUAUGGAAAGAGUCCGGAACAACUACCCUCUGCCAUGUCUGUACGGGUGUAGAACUCCACAUGUGGUCUCAUCAGGUGUUGGACGGCCCCGUGUCAUUAUUGGCACAGUUGGCCAGUACUACAUAUUAGCAUCUCGGCUCACCUGUAAAGCCUGCAAAAAGUACUGGUUUGCAGAUAAACCUCAGUGGUUGGGCAUGCUGCCGAGCCGGUUCCAGAACAUUUUGCCAGCUUUUCUGACACACAAGAAGGCCAUAUGUAAAACUGUGUUGGAUGAGCUGCGGCGCACCGGAAAGUCAUUGUCCUUACUUUUUCCUAAUUUAUGGAUAUUGCUUAUCACAUCUAUGUGUAAAAGUACUGAACCUGCUUCAGUUUAAUUCUUAUAGAAGUUUGAUGUUUAAAUUGUCAUUUGAGGGAUUCAUUAUAGUUUAUUUAUUAUUAGUUAUGCUGUAAAUUUGUUUUAUAUUUUAUUUCAUCAGUCAUCAGUCUGCUUCGUGGCAUUUCUUAUUGUGGAUUUAUAAAUGUAAACAUAUAGCGCAUGGUCCCUAUUUCAAACAUCAUCGUGCUUUGGUGCUUAUAAGCUCAUAGGUGAGGAUCUGGGAGCGAGCGGGUGUCUGUCUCACCCCGUCAUAGCUCGGGUGUACCUCAACCCAGGGUGCUCUGAUAGCUUGUCACUGUAAUGAAGUGUGAUGUUUGACAAAACCAGGAGAUGGAGUUAAGUAUUUCAAAAGGAAUGCAACACUUCUCUCUCAUCAGCAUCUCGGGGAGUGUUAUUUCAAAGGAAGUUAAAAAUUGUCACACAAUGAUGCAGUCUUUAUUUGUUUAUUUGUUGUUUAUUUGUGGUUUACUGUUCACUGUUCAUAUUUGUGUACCAAUGGCCUCUUAUACCAUAAAAAACAAAACUGUUUGUCUUUCAACCCUGAGAAGGAUAAGUGGAAGACAAUGGAUGGAUGUCUUUCUUUUAAUUAAA